AUGACAGAGAGAGAGAGAGAGAGAUCUGUUGACAAAGCUCCUGAUUGGUCUUAUGAAAGCUCGAGAUGGAAUGAUAAGUCAAGAUCAGCUUAUCAAAGGUUUAAAUAUGUUCUCACUACAUUGGAUGAUGCUGUAAAUGAUGCCCCUAGAGCAGCAGAGUUUCUCGGCCGCAUCUUUGCAAUAAUCAUAAUGGAGAACGUCAUUUCAUUUUCUGAAGUUGGGCGGUUGAUUUAUGAAGGCGGGGAAGAGAAAGGAUGUCUGGUCGAAAUGGGUCUUGCAGCUGAAGUCCUUGGGAGCAUCUUGGAGACGAUUAAAUCAGAAAUGGGUGAUUCCGUAUUGACUCGGAUCCUUUCAAGCUCUAAUUUGCUGCUAGAAAACUUUAGGCCUCCAGGUUCUAACAAAUCUUGGAGACUAGAUAAGUUUACUUAA